CAGUUCCUUUCCAUAAAAAUCGCUCUCAAACUUGUGCAUUAAGUGCGUUUCCAUCGAUUUUUUGGAGUUUUUGUAAAACGGAUUCCAGCCGAUGCUCAUCACCAUGCCAUGGACUUGGCCACCAUCGACUUGCCCAAAUCCGUAAUAAACGCCCGUAUCCAAACCAUCGGGCAGAUUAUUGACGACGUCCUGCGGAAAAUUGGCAGUCGGAAUGCCCAGAUCUUUGGAGCCUCGUCCAAAACCCUUCACCACUUCUCCUUUGGUGAAAUGCGGUAAACUCUGGCCGGGCAUUGCUGGUACGUAGGCUGGAUCUGAAUGUGCGCUGUGUCAAUGUUUGUGUACUUGUGUUCGGUCCCGGCCUCUUAUCUAGGUGCAAAAAAUCACUUUUUAGCCAAAUUCGUGCAAUACUCGUCGUUUACCUGUGGUGAAAAUGCUGGAAGUCGGCAGCGAGCAGGUAAAGGGCCAUUCGCGCUCGGGUAGCGAUGCCAAAGCGUUCAUUGAAGCCACGAAGACCGAAGCCCUGGGGCUGCUGGAGAGCGAGUUGAACCGCCUGGUCGACUCAGCCCCCCCAUCUUAUAAGGAGCGUGUGGGCACUGAAUUCCAGGGAUUUACUCAUUUGUUCAAGCGAUUCCUCGACGAAUCAGGGCCGUCCUUGCAGUGGGACAACAUUGAAAAACUACCCCCCGAUGCUGUGAGAGAUUACAACUCAUUACCAACCCCCACUGCGGACGUUUUGCAGCAGAUGCUCAGCAAACUGGUGGUGGUGAAGCUGAAUGGAGGCUUGGGCACUUCCAUGGGUUGUUACGGCCCGAAAUCUGUGAUAACUGUGCGAAAUGAUCUCACUUUUCUCGAUUUAACUGUGCAACAGAUCGAACAUCUGAACAGCACCUACAACGUGAACGUGCCUUUGGUGCUGAUGAAUUCCUUCAACACGAACGCUGAUACUGAUCAGGUGGUGCGAAAGUACAAAAAUCUGAACGUGGACAUUCACACAUUCAAUCAAUCCUGCUAUCCUCGAAUCAGCAAAGACAGUCUGAUGCCGAUUGCGAAAAUUUGCGAUGUGGAUAAACACCCCGAUGCGUGGUACCCCCCUGGCCACGGCGACUUUUACGAAUCGUUCUACAACUCCGGGCUCCUGUCCAAGUUCGUCAAGGAAGGCCGCGACUAUUGCUUUAUAUCGAAUAUCGAUAAUCUGGGCGCCACAGUCGACAUAAAUAUUCUGAAUUUGCUGAUGAACAGCAGCGAAAAAGGCCACGAGUUUGUUAUGGAAGUUACCGAUAAAACCAGGGCCGAUGUUAAGGGUGGCACGCUCAUUCAGUACGAGAAUCGGCUGCGGCUGCUGGAAAUUGCCCAAGUGCCCAAAGAACACGUCGAAGACUUCAAGUCGGUGAAAACCUUCAAGUUUUUCAACACGAAUAAUCUCUGGGUGAAAUUGCCAGCAAUUGAGCGAAUUCUGAGCGAAAAUGCGCUCCAACUGGAAAUAAUCAUCAACGGCAAAACCCUGAACAAUGGGCUCAAUGUAAUUCAACUUGAAACCGCUGUUGGGGCAGCGAUGAAAUGUUUCCGGGGAGCAGUCGGGGUGAAUGUUCCCAGGGCGCGGUUUUUGCCGGUGAAGAAAACUUCCGAUCUGCUACUCGUAAUGAGCAACAUCUACAGCCUGAAGAAGGGCUCAUUGGUGAUGUCCCCCCAGAGAAUGUUCCCUACUACGCCGCUUGUUAAGCUUGGCGACAAUCACUUUUCCAAGGUGAAAGAGUUCCUCGGCAGAUUCGCCAAUAUUCCAGACUUAAUUGAGCUGGACCAUCUGACGGUUUCUGGAGAUGUCACCUUCGGCAGGGGCGUCUCUUUGAGGGGCACUGUUAUUAUCAUAGCGAACCAUGGGGAUCGAAUCGAUAUUCCUUCGGGGGCCAUACUGGAGAACAAGAUUGUUUCGGGCAAUAUGAGGAUUUUGGAUCAUUAGUUCGACAAAGUCUAGUCACGGUCUUAUUGCGAGCUGUUAUUUUUUGGCACUUAUUGCUGAUUGUUAACUUAUAUUUAUACUGAAAAUUCGGGUUUAGAAAAUUGAAUAAAAACUUACCUUCUA